AUGAACGAUGAUUGGCUGAUACCUCUUGUAUUUUCCUUCCUUCCUUCCUUCCUUCCUUCCUUCCUUCCUUCCUUCCUUCCUUCCUUCCUUACUAAUUUUUCUUUCUACCUUUCCUCUUCCCUAUUCUUUUCGAUUUUCACACUCCGUCUUUCCAAUUUUGGUUCUUUCCUGCCCCCUUCCUUCUUCCCUUCCUUCCUUCCUUCCUUCCUUCCUUCCUUCCUUCCUAAUUUUCCUUCUCCCUUUCCUCUUCCCUAUUCUUUUCGAUUUCCAAACUCCGUCUUUCCAAUUUUGGUUCUUUCCUUCCCCCUUCCUUCUUCCCUUCCUUCUUUCUUCCCUUCCUUCCUUCCUUCCUUCCUUCCUUCCUUCCUAAUUUUCCUUCUCCCUUUCCUCUUCCCUAUUCUUUUCGAUUUCCACACUCCGUCUUUCCAAUUUCGCUUCGCUAUUCCACCUUUUCGGAAACUCGCUCUACUAGCCAUCGAAAAGUGUGACGACAGAGGGCAAAGGGGAAGUACGUAUGACAUUGAUGAUAUCUAUCUAUCUAUCUAUCUAUCUAUCUAUCUAUCUAUCUAUCUAGCUCUCCCUCUCUAUAUAUGA